UAUAAAACUCAGCAAUUGCUUUAAACUCUUCUUGCUGGAUCAGAGGCUUUAAAAUCUUUUUUCAUCUCCGGGCUGCAGCUCAGGCUGCUCGUCGGCUCGGGUCUUCCCCCCCCCCCCCCCUUUUGCUCUCUCUCUGCCUUGCCUUUCCCUAGGACUUCGCUAUUUUGCUUUAAAAAAAAAAAAAAAAAAAAAAAAAAAAAAAGGCAAGAAAGAACUCAACUCCCCCCUCCCUUCCCUCGAGCCCGGCGGCUGCACCUCUCUGUCUUUGCACUUUGCACGGAGAAAGCGCGCGAGGGAGAAAGAGAGAGAGGAAAGAGAAGAACAAAAAAUUAAAAAGAGAGCCAGGCAGAAGAAGAGGAGGCGAGAAGCAUGAAGUGUUAACUCUCCCCCGUGCCAAGGCCCGCGCCGCUCGCUCGGACAGCCGCCCGCCGCGCCUCCAGCCCCGAGCGGCCGCCGCGCGCGCCCCGCCUGCAGCCCGGCCGGCGAGGCGAGCCCUCCUUAUGCAAAGCGCGCAGCGGAGCGGCGAGCGGGGGACGCCGCUCCACCGGCCCGGCUCCUCCGGCUUCGCCGCCGCCGCAGCCCGCGGAGGACCUUUCCGAGCCUGAAGCCGCCGCCGGCUCGGCGCGCACUACAGGAGAAGCAGGCGAGGAGGGGCCGGGGCGAGCGAGCAUCUUGGCGUGAGCAGUGGGGGAGGGAGGGCGGACGCGGGGGGCGCGGGCAGGGCGAGGGGGGGUGUGUGUGCGCGCUCGGAGGUUUCGGGCCAGCCACCGCCGCGCGAGCUAGAAGCAACCCCAGCCCGGCAAGCUGGCUCACCCGCUGGCCACCCAGCACAGCCCGCUGGCCCCUCUCCUGCAGCCCAUCUGGCGGAGCGGCGGCGGCGGCGGCGGCGGCGGCAGGAGAAUGGCAUCAGAACUGGCAAUGAGCAACUCCGACCUGCCCACCAGUCCCCUGGCCAUGGAAUAUGUUAAUGACUUCGAUCUGAUGAAGUUUGAAGUGAAAAAGGAACCGGUGGAGACCGACCGCAUCAUCAGCCAGUGCGGCCGUCUCAUUGCCGGGGGCUCGCUGUCCUCCACCCCCAUGAGCACGCCGUGCAGCUCGGUGCCCCCUUCCCCCAGCUUCUCGGCGCCCAGCCCGGGCUCCGGCAGCGAGCAGAAGGCGCACCUGGAAGACUACUACUGGAUGACCGGCUACCCGCAGCAGCUGAACCCCGAGGCGCUGGGCUUCAGCCCCGAGGACGCGGUCGAGGCGCUCAUCAGCAACAGCCACCAGCUCCAGAGCGGCUUCGAUGGCUACGCGCGCGGGGCGCAGCAGCUGGCAUCCGCGGCGGCCGCCGGGGCCGGCGCCGGCGCCUCCCUGGGCGGCAGCGGCGAAGAGAUGGGCCCCGCCGCCGCCGUGGUGUCCGCCGUGAUCGCCGCGGCCGCAGCGCAGAGCGGCGCGGGUCCGCACUACCACCACCACCACCACCACCACGCCGCCGGCCACCACCACCACCCGACGGCCGGCGCUCCGGGCGCCGGGGGCAGCGCGUCCGCCUCGGCCGGUGGCGGCGCGGGCGGCGGCGGGGGCCCGGCCAGCGCCGGGGGCGGCGGCGGAGGUGGCGGCGGCGGCGGCGGCGGCGGCGGGGGCGCGGCGGGGGCGGGGGGCGCCCUGCACCCGCACCCGCACCACGCCGCCGCGGGCGGCCUGCACUUCGACGACCGCUUCUCCGACGAGCAGCUGGUGACCAUGUCCGUGCGCGAGCUGAACCGGCAGCUGCGCGGGGUCAGCAAGGAGGAGGUGAUCCGGCUCAAGCAGAAGAGGCGGACCCUGAAAAACCGCGGCUAUGCCCAGUCCUGCCGCUUCAAGAGGGUGCAGCAGAGACACGUCCUGGAGUCCGAGAAGAACCAGCUGCUGCAGCAGGUCGACCACCUCAAGCAGGAGAUCUCCAGGCUGGUGCGCGAGAGGGACGCGUACAAGGAGAAGUACGAGAAGCUGGUGAGCAGCGGCUUCCGAGAAAACGGCUCGAGCAGCGACAACCCGUCCUCUCCCGAGUUUUUCAUGUACCCAAGGGAAUCCUCUACAUCAGUGAUGUGAAAGCUCCCGUUGCCUGAAGUCAAAGAGAAAGUAUGAUGCUGGCAUGCUCAUCGCGUGAGACACGGACCACCACAAAGCACAAAACAAACUCAGAGAAGAAACAAAGAAACAAGAACGGUGUAUUCCUGGCGUCUACAAGAAGCGCUUUAUUUUUCCUCUAGAUUUCUUUUCUAAAAAACAAAAAACAAAAAACAAAACUAACAUUUAAAGACACAAGACAGACUUCAGGUGAUAACAUUGGAGCAUGCUCUUUUAUUAAGCGUAGGAUGGGAGGGAGGACAGGACUGGUGAGCAGGAGCCCGAGGAGCUGCUGAAACCGAGAAUGAAGGAGGAUAGGGACAGCUUUGCAGCCCACCCCAUGAUGAUCCUGUAAAUUCCUACAGACGCAAUGCCUCCUCUCCUGCCUGGCAAGGUAUCGGGGGAUGCUUGGCAAAACGCAUCUGCUAUAACUGAAUGUUUGUAUAGUUUGGCAAGGGAGUCAAAGAACUAGUACCUUUGUGACUCGCAGCUCUGUCUAUGCCACAGAAUUCUCAGUGUCUCUCCAUCUUCGCUGACGGGAACAAGGCUUGGGGGCCUCUGCCCAGGAGUUGCCAAGCCCACUUAGACUUGGUCAGAAAGAAUGGAGUGAUGAUCUCCUGGAUCGAUGCAGAGGAGAAGGGUAAACACUCGCUUGUUCUUUCCUGAACAGAGAAAGCUCCGGUGGCAGUGAGGCUCUGGCUGUGCUGGUGGCUGGGUGGAACAGGUGAGAGACUGGUGCUUCUACAGUGAGACAGGCCACCACCAGGAAAGAAAAGGGACCCAAGCCUCGUUCAGCCCCAGAAGAGAGAUACUGUCCUUUAACCCCUGGAAUUAAUUCCCUGCUUCCCGCUGGUAUUUGACAUUUUCCCAUCUGCUGUGACUACUCUUACUUCCUUUGCUCUGGGGGAUCAGUGUUGGAGAGACACGGAAAGGCCUGGAUAAUGAGUUGGGGGGCUCGGCAUUGGCACUGACAUGUGGACACACAGGGUGUGCGUGUGUUCCAAUCGCCACCUGAGCUCCCGCUUAGCUGGCCUGGCCUCCGAGCGCCUCCUGGAUCAGCCUCUCGCUGAGCGCCCACAGGGCCCGCGCGGUCUCCUCCCUCUGGGCCUCGGCGGAGGGCAGGCAGCGGCAGCAGUUGUUGAAGUACAUCCCUCCCAGGCCCUCUAGCUCGGGGGCAGCAGCACAGUAGACGGUGGUGGCAGCUCCUUGUUGCUGGGGGGGAAAAAAGAAAAAAAAAAGACCUUAAGCAAUUUAAGAAAAGAGGUGAUGAGAAGACUUUCUUCUGACUGGAAAUCUGCAAGCCUCGCUGCCACGUACACUUGUGCCUGAGCUCAGCCCAGGCCUGGAAGGUCGGAGGCGAGCAGCCUGAACAGCAAGCUCAUAACCCUCUCUAAAGCUAGUGUGACCCUUUGCACCUCAUAUAGGAAAAGGCUUCAAAAAUGAAUAUGCACAUCCCUCAUCGGACAUCUCUCCCCAGCGAAGAGGAAACCAUGGCACCUUUCUGCACACACAAGAAAACAUCAUCCAACCCCUUGACUUCUCAGUGCAUACUGCAUUUACACACCAAGAUGUUUCCAGAACCGUCUGUCUGGAUGGAACCAACCAUUCUAAUAAUGGCCCAUCAGGGAGAAACCCCAUGCAGGACCGGUGCCAGCCCACUCCGGAACGCAAGUUGCAAUGAGUGCUACGGACCGCUCUCCGUUCACCUCUGGCAUAGCGCUGUGGCUAGGGCUGUGUGUGCAGGGAGGCUCCAGAUCGUCCAGGCUAACAGGGUGCUGUCAGAGCUGCUGCAAAGAGGGCAAGAAAUCACUUUGCUUUGCAAGCUAUCAUUAAAAAUAAUAGGCUGGUGCUCACAGGGAGACGCGGUAGGCAUGGCUCUCGUUUAAAACCAAUACAGUUUAUCUGGCAUCUUAUGAUUAUUUAUGUGCAUCACAGCCCUGGUGGCAUCAACUAAUUAUAGGCUGAUAGAGAGGGGGGUUGUGGGAGAGGAUGGAGGAAGGUAACAUGGGAUUAGGUCACAAUUAGAAAGACAUUAGGGACAUUUGAUUGAGGAGGAAAUGGGUUGGUCCUCCCCCAAAGCUUACCCUUUUUCUGCUCCUCUAUGGCUUAAAUUGUGCCCCAAGCAAGGUGCUUAAUGGAAACCAUGCCCCACAAAUGGUUUGGUUUACACUCACUACAACCAUUGGGGGUCAAGGUCAUUCUGAGGAUCAGGGUCUUGAGAUGUUCUAAUUUUAGGAAAGUGCUACAAAACAGUCUUGGGUGGUGGUUUGGGGGGGAGCUUCCAUGUCAAUAUCUGGUCAUAUCUAGUUCAUGUGAAAACCCCAUAGUCAAGUCAGUCAAGGGACAUGGGUGUGGGGAGGGAGAUGGGAGAGCCUUGAGUUCUGAUCAGAGCAAGCUUCUUGAUAGGCCAGGACAAGCCCCAUUAGUUCAGAACUCGAACUCCUGACCUGGCUGAACUUAAAUUGUAAUUGGUUUGUUACUUCCCCAACCCCCUCCCCGGGCCCACUCCCCCAAAACAGCCAGCUACUUUCUUGGAUUCAGCUCUUUCUUUUGAAAUUGCUUUGGGUGGUGGCUCAAGUCUAAUGGAAAUAAGUUCAUGUCAUCCAAAUUUUCUUUCACUGAAUUACUCUUGCUAAUAACACUCUGUUUAGCACCUGGCACAUUUCUCUAAAGAAUUCGAGAGGCUUAUCUGAUUCCUUGCACCUCCUGUGGGGGGAAGAAGUAAGCAAAGUGCCCCUAAAGACAAAUUGAAGAAUUGAGAUGCUUGUCCCGCUAACUCAAGCCAAAUAUCCUUUUGGCCUCACUUCUUAGCAGAGUUCAGUUGGAGAUGGUGUUUUGCAUAAUUUUCUGGAUAUGUAUCUUAGAUUUCCAUUUUACUUCCCAGCUGCCAAAACCACCAGAGAGUGGUCAGGUGAUUUACCAUCAACUGUAAGGGAUGAGAGAAUCCAGCUCAGCCCCAGAUCCAGGCUCUCCACCGAGCCUUGGAGCAUCGGCAUUUAUAGAGCAGGACACACUGGCCUUUCAGAGUGCCUCCAAUGGCGAGAAAAGGUGAAGUAGGCCACUUGGGAAAGCACAAAGCGGAAUUCUUCCACACCCGGUGUAAUAUUUUGCCACUGUGACCUUCUAAAAUGAUAUCAGGUUGCACCCUUGCAUUGUUAGAGUGGUAUUUUUGCAAAGAAAUUCUGCACUUGCAUUGAUUCAGAAUCGUGUUGAUGAGGGAGCUGGGAGCAUGCAAUUUCCUUCCAUGGAAUCCGAGAGCAAUUGCAAUGACCUCAGUUCAUAUAAGCCUAUGUUUGACCACCAUGCUGAAAACCAGACAUUUUAGAAAAGCCCAGUCUUGCAUCAAGAGCUGGCUUUGAGUCUUUUGCUAGCAGGCUUGGGGGAUGCACAAUCUUAACUCCAUCAUGAGAGGUUCUGUGGAACCCAGGGAUACCUGAAAGAAUGGCCACUUUCUCCACUCGGAGAUCAACCCCACAUUGGGCAAAGUCUCCCUCUGAUCCAUGCCCAAUUCAACUGGUACUCAGCUGACUUUCUUGCUGGACAGCUAAGUAGUAACAAGCUUUCAGGCCCAAGCUCACUACCCGUUUGGCUUCUGGGGGAAUUCUCUUAGCUGCACCAGGGCAGCCUCUGAGUAACAUCUUCAUACGAGCAGAUGUACCCACAGUUUCAGAACAAGUUCUAAGGUUUGGCUCAUCAGCUGUUCGGUCUGCCUCAUCAGGAGACUGAGCCAGUGAGGGGAAUCUCAUUAGUACAUAGGCUGGGCUUGCUGAUACAAGAUCAAACAUUUCUAAACUGAUAAACACACAUUUAAAAGGGCACUUUCAUCACCGUCAAAUGGCUCUCAUGCCACUUUGGGGGGGGGGGGGGGGCGGGAAUCAGUACCUAAUUUAGAAAUGAUGAAAGUCACAUAAAAGGAACAAUGCUACUAACUUCAUUAUAAAACACCUGAAGCCACCAGAUCUUGUGAGUUGUCACCACUGUUUACUGAUCCAUCGUGAUAACAGCAACACCGUGACCUAAGAGCACUGACUGGAGCUGUGGGUCGCCCUCAAUGAUUUGUUAAGAACAAUUUCUCAGAAGCCUGCUUAUCAUGGGAGCUGGGCGCAGCGGCUCCAGGCUCCAUCCCUUAGAACUGGCGAUGAGUUAAGGUGUGGCUGGCACAGGACAGAGUUUCUAGAAACCCUUAGAAUCUCUAAUCCUUCCUGAACGCCACUUGUGAUCUGAUCAAAGGUUUUCGAGCUGCCAGAAGAGAGCUGAGCCAUCCAUCUCUAUAGUGUAGUGGUUGGCAAACUGUGGCUCUUGAGUUUAUGCCGACCUCUGUCCUAUAAUUACCCUUUACCUCUGCACACAAUAUGCCACAAUUGCCUAAUUCUCAGUUUCCAACUACAAGGUAACAUUUAGUCUAAUCCAGUCGUUAGCAAACUCAUUAGUCAACAGAGGGGCAAACUGCGGCUCAUGAGCCGCAGUUUGCCGACCACUGCUAUAGUGUAUAUAAAAUCACCCAGGAUUCUUGUGGGAAUUAAGAGUAUCUUGGUCAUAAAGGUUCAUCGUUCUCCUUCAGAAAUCAUUUGUCAGAUUUGCAUCCCUGUCUCCAGCUCAGGAAGGUAGACUUAGAAAGUAGUUGCUGUUUAUUUCUAGCUGAGGCCCUGAGACCUAACUUACCCAUCCUUUCCUAACCCUUUGUCGGGAUGAAAAUGUUAAGUAGCCGCUUUUCAUCAACAUUUAUUUGAUGACUGCUAGCCAGCAAUUUGUAGCUGUCAGCAUGGAAUCAAAAUGAAUAUUGACUCUUUUAAAGGAAGGGGUACAGAGGUUUCUAAUAAACAAUAUAUGGUUAAGGAAAAACCACCCACAUAUCAAUAUUUGUAAUGCAUUGGUUAGUACUCUGACCACCCACAUAUUGAUAUUGGUAAUGCAUUGGUUAGUGUUCUAAUAUAACUCAUGUUUUAAUAAGGACACAUAUUACACAAUUACUGUUUAGUUUUCAAGUUUCUCUAAUUUAAAAUGCAUGCUUAUUUAAAAGAGAGUAGAUUCCUAUCUUAAAGUAGAGUUAACUACAAGAUGUAUAAAAAAUAGUCACUGUCACAGAAUAUCUAUCUAUAGUCAAUGAUUCUGAAAGUAAAUGUUCUAAGAUUGCUUUAUCACAGACCUACAGCUAUCAGGAGAUUGCACAGAAAAUGCUGAAUGAAUGGACUUUUGCAGCCAGUACAGAUGUGUAAGGGGACUGAGACGGCUUGGAAUCCCACGGGCAGGAAGGAGAGGCCUUGGGAAGAGAGCAGUGGUCACUGUGCUGAAUUCCCAGGACAAAGAGGUGAUGUGAAGUGAGCAGGUGCCUCUUCCUAUCCUCAGAGCUUUCUCUGUUCCUCAUCUGGGGUCUGUUAGGCAAGACAGACCCUUCCCAAAGGCAAAAAUCAGCCGCCUUUUCAGUGGCCCCGUGAAUACACAGGAUCCCCUACCGCAGAGCGCUGGAGUGAGACUGUCAGUGGAAUGACUGUCUGCCCCCACAGCCCCUGCCUUUCCUGCUUUCCAGUAGCACCCUGGUGGGGGGGUUCUGCCAUUUGCCUGGACAGUGCAGCACAGGCUUCGAAUUCAUCCCUGGAUAUAGGUCUGUUCCUCCAGAACAAGAGCAGCUGAAACCUCUGAUUUUAAAGACAAACAAAAGCAAGUUGCUCCGAAAGGUUACGAGUCCCUGUUGACCGAGAGCAAUCUAAGCUGACAGAGGUGCCAUGGAUUGUGUUCGUUGUUAGGGCAAUGCAGUGCACACAGGAAGAAGGCUCCCAGGCCUCCCCGUUAGCAAGGCUGUGGCCACUGAGCGGCCCUCUGCCUCCACUGGGAUGCUGCUGUCACUGAACAGACCAAGGUCAUGGAGUAAGUGCUAACCAAUCAACCCGCCAACUUGCCCCAAAAGAAUGGGAGAAGAAGAGAACAGAGAAGUCUACUGGAAGGACUCUUCCCUCCACGUGGUCCUGCUUUUCCUGAGGCUUGUUGCAAAUGAGGCCCAUUCAUGAGGUAGCAUCUAUGAAGAGCUGAUGAUUCUUUGGGCAGGCAUCAUGGGGAGAGCUUGUAAGCACCACAUUCUCACCCCACACAAGGGGUGAUUGGAUCCCCAUGUGUGGAGAGGCCACCUUAGUGUCAGAGGUCAAAAGCAACUUAUCCCAAGUCACUCUGAUACCACAUAAAGGGCCCUCCCCAGAAUGCAGACACCCGGCCAUAGAAACUUCCUGCCAAACGUGAUACAGCUGUUUGCAUAUUGCCGACCCCCGUUCUGUGUCCCCAUGUGGCCGAAGCUUCCUGUCCGUGCCCGGCCACAGAGCGACACCCUGGCACGGCCUGGAAUGAAGCGUGGGGCUUGCCCUGAGUUCACCUGAGAAAUGUUGAAAGGAGAUUUUCCCAUUGUUGAUUUAGUCCGUGAGCUAAACUGAAAUUCUAUCCAUUUGGAUGAACAGAAGUGAGGAUUCAGCGAAACCUCAGAAGAUCUGAUAGCAAAUGACCCUUAACGCAACGGUCACCUGGCUCAGCACGCCACCUCCAGGUGCCAGGCUGGCCCAGCUAAGGGACCUUGUCUGGGAUGGGACACUUUGUUCAACACCUAAACCGAACCACCAGCAAAACCAGAGAAACGGAACCAAUCCCCACCGUGUAAACCUGUGUCUGUGUAAUGUGAGCGAGGCCUUUUGGAGGAUAAUAGCUGACAGGUUAGGUCAGGUUUGCAGGCAAACUCUGUUCCAGGCCCCCCCUUUCCCCCAAUUAAUUCCUACAAAGUAAUUCCCACGAACUCCUAACCAGUGACUCCUACAAAGGCUUCACACAGUCAGGCUCGGGUACAGGCAGAUACCUCCUGUGGGCAUGGACGCAGACCUGUCCUGAAGCUUGCAGGGGUUUUGCUCACCGCUACUCUUAGCAGUUAUUAUAGAAGGGAAAUACACUCAACUUCUCAAACUGAAAAAGCAGAGACCAGGAAAGUGGGUACUGUUGUUAACAGUGGGAGCUUUAGGAUUCUGAGAGAAGGUCCUGGAGACUGACAGCCCUAGCCUCACAGAAAAGAUGUGCCAGCACCAUGGACUUUGACAAUGUGUUUGCAUAUUGACCUCUUGGUAAGUUUCUUUGCUAAAAACAGGUUCACACCCGUGAAAAAGGCUCAGAAGUUCCUUUUCAGUUGACUGUCUCUCCCACUGUGUGCCCAGGGACACAGUCUAUGAAAAGACGCGACAGAAGUUGUUCGCUGAGGGGGAGCUGAGCAAUGGGCUAACCCCCGCCAUCUCGAGAUGCACUUGGUCCACGACCCACGAUUGCAAAGGGCAUCUGGAGUGGAAUGUUUGAAGGGAAAUGAAGGUGACACAGCUUUCACGGGCCUCCGUUUGGGGAGAAUCUCAGAGGUGACACGGAGCCUUUCUCAUUUGCAUCCCAAAUAGUGAGCCCAAACCCAAGUGAGGGGACAAGGACCAUUCUUCCUGACAGAAGACGUGACUUUCUAGCAAGCUCCCUACGGGGUUUUCAGAGAUUGGUUUCAAGACCGGGACAGAAUGACUUGCAAAGGCAGGAGUGUUGCUGUUAUUUCUCUGAGAAAUAUUUGCAGAAAAAAGCCCAGAAGUGAUGCUGGAUGGAAACUUGGAAAUUAUUCUUUUUUUAAAGCAAAAGAAUAUAUUUGUCUUUGCUAGCCUUAAGUUGGGGAAGGAAGCGGUAGUCCAUCCGUACCAUCCAGGGAGGUCCAAAGCCAUAUUUACUUUGGGAAGGUCGGGCGGGGAGGGGUUUCCACUCCAGCGGGAUUCAAGGGCAGGGUGACCUUGGUAAGCUUUCAGGACCUGUGUUUUGAGUUCCAUGAACUGUUCUGAACUUCCCCUUGAAAUAAACGAGGCCCCUUUCAUACCUCCUCCCUGUCCCAGAGUCCUCGCCAUCUAUGGGUCUGUGAAAGAUUCAUGUCUUGUCCCAAAAGAAUGGAAGUGUGCAGUUUGGAAUGACGUCAUCUCUCUGGGACCUGCUGCUGCUGCUGUGAGACUAACACACUCUGAAUGAGGGAAGGAGAAAGAGGGGGCCUAGGGUCCAGGCCAGGCGGGCGAUGUUCCUCAUGCACAUCCCACCUUCAUUUGUAUCUGCCAAACACAUUCUGGAACAGACUGGCCCAAGAGGUGGUCUCAUCACAACUGAGAAAUGUGAACUGUGUCUCAUUUUGUUGACCCAGUUCCCUGGGCAUCCCCUGCCAGUGCUCUCUGGAAUACCCAUGUUACUCAAAGCACAGCUGCUUUUCAAUGGGUUUUCUCUUCCUGGGACGGAACACUGCAUUGGGCUAUCCAUUCUCCCACGGGUUGGUUUGCAACAGCGGAGCAGAAGAGCCAUAGAAACCGACCACCGAAAUAUGCCUCAUCCUUUGACACCGGACGAAGCUGAUGGCCUUUUACGGAUAUGUGCCCAUGGGGCCACCUCAAAGCUGGUGCCAAAGGAUCACCUGCGUGUUUAUAAGCGGUAAAAGAAGAUUUCGCUUGUGUUCCUUUGCAACAGUUUACAUUCUUACUCGAUGUUUUUAACCUCAGUGAUAGCUAGCUCUGUACAAUGUAGAUAAUGGAUGCCUCUGUAUUGGCCGUGUACACUGAUAGAAACCUUUGACAUGAUUGCCAGGCAGAAUUAAUGGGUUCAGUUCUAAUAUCAAAGGCUGUCUUCAGAGUAGCGGUGAAACAAAAAUAUCUCCCCUCUGCUCACAGUCAUUCCCGCCCAGUCGGCCUGGAAAGCCAAGAGCAUACUGUUCUGUGAGCAGGCAACACUUCCGGGCAAACCCCAGACAAGCUGUUUGUUAAGAUGGACAGUUCACUUACACCUAGGCCACAGGCAUAGCCUACAACAUAGACUGAAAAGGCAUGCGGGCAGGGGCGGCGAAUAAAACCCACAGGGUGCUCCAGUGGGGCCACAUCACGGUAAGAACAUAACUCUUAACUCAGUCACCCAGAAACAAAUGCGGGAAUAGACUUUGCAGCGAUUCAGAUCUCAGAGACAGACCCCAAGACCGGCCCCACCAUUUCAAGUCACGCACAACUGCAUUAGGUCUGCGCAUGCACUUUCAUAGGGAGCUCACGCGAACAGAUCAUUUCUCAGGCGCGGAGACGCUGGCCUUGUUAAUAUUUCAUUUAGAACAUACUGUGGAGAGUGUCUCAUUUAUACGACUUCCAUAAUUAAUGGUGAUAGCUUAGGCACUGCCUCUACACAGAGAGAUCUCGUCACAGUGGUCGAUGGGUAAUGAGAAACAAUAGAUAUUUCAUUCACCAGCAGCUUGUUGCUAGUUAGUAGGAAAUGAUCGUGUGCUGUGUUGCUUUAAUUGCCAGGGUACAUAAUUCUGCCUGGGUGUUAGCAUUUUAAAGCACUCGAUGCAAAUAGACUAGAAACAAAACAGAGUUUACCUUGAUUAUGUAACACCUUAGCAUAGAAAGUUACACAGGUAUGUUUUUUUUUUAAUUGCAUUUUAUCAUGCAAAUAUCUAACUAUGCAUGUACUGACGACUCAUCUACUGUAUUUUAGGAAAUACAAUUAGGCCGCCUUUCUCUUCUCCUAUGUAGACUGUAAAUACCUAGAUCUUUCUCUUGUUUCCCUAUGUAAAUAUAUGUAAAUAUUAACAAGCCAUGCAUGCUGAUAUCCUAGAUGAUUUCAGGUAAUUUUAUAAUCUGCAGGCAUGUACUUGAACUGGUUUGUUAAAAGGAAAAAAACACAAAACCUCGCAAACUCUUUAAAGCUGAAUAGGAAUUAAAGGUUUCUUCCUAGA